UAUAUUUCCCCCGCACUCGUGUCUAUCUCCCUCACACCUUCCUUGACGCAGCCAACACAAACCCUUAUUUCUUCGGCGUCGACGACCUCUCUCCGAUCAUCAAUGGCCGCCUCCACCAACUUCGAUUCUCCUCUUCAUAACUCUCAGAUCUCCCGAGAUGGGCUAGGGUCUGACAGUUCCAUUCCACUUUCACCACAGUGGCUUCUCUCGAAACCUGGCGAGAAUAAGACUGGAACUUUAACUGGUGAGGGCCCCACCAGUCCUUUCCCAACAUUUGGCAACCGCAUGGAGUUUAUGAAAUCACCUGGAAAUGACAACCACACCCUUGAUUCCCAAAAGAAGAAAGAUGUGUUUAGGCCAUCUGUGCUUGAUAACCGUGAAAGGUGGCGUGAUGAGGAAAGAGACACAACUGCCUUUGUUCGCAAAGACAGGUGGCGGGAGGGUGAAAAAGAGGCUGGAGUUGGGGAUAACCGCAAGGUGGACCGGUGGGCUGACAACUCAUCUGGGAAACACUAUGGUGAAUCACGCCACACCCCAUCUGAUAAAUGGGGUGAUUCUGGUAACAAGGAUGCAAACCAUGAUCAGGUUCAGCGACGUGAGAGUAAGUGGAACACACGGUGGGGCCCUGAUGACAAGGAAACUGAUGUCAUUCAUGAGCAUGACAUCCCUCGUGAACGGGAGGCUGACAAUCCUCGCCCGUGGAGAUCCAACUCAGCACUCAACCGAGCAAGAGUAGACCCGCCACAUCAGCAAAGCCCGGGUUUAAACAAGCCGACUUCCAUGUUUUCUCAUGGUCGGGGACGUGGGGAACAUUAUAAUCCAACCUUCUCUGUUGGACGAGGUAGGGGAGCCUCUGUUGGUGACAGAGGGAAUGAUGACGUGUCACCAAUGAGGUAUAGCAGGACAAAGCUUCUUGAUGUGUACAGGAUAACUGAUAUGAAAGCUGGUGGAAUGAUGUUAGAUGGUGUGGUACCAGUGCCCUCACUAACACAGGAGGAAGUACUGGAGCCACUUGCACUUACUUCACCUACUCCAGAAGAAUUGUUUAUAUUAAAGGGGAUUGACAAAGGGGACAUUCUAAGUAGCGGUGCUCCCCAAAUUGCUAAAGAUGGAUCAGGUGGGCUUAAUGCGGUUGAUCCUCAGUCAAGAAGAACCAAACUUGGGAGUAGAGAAGAUCUGUCACUUGCAUCUGACAACUAUAGAGACGAGACUGCUGACAGCUUCAAACCAACAGGAGAAUCAAAGAUGCCGGGUGCACCUUGGAGAUCAGUAUCCAUUGGACGUGGUCAACCAAACCCAGUUGACUUGAGGGACAUCUCCGGUGACAUGAGGUCAUGGUCACAGCCCCAAAAGGAUAUAACCAAUGAAUGGAGUGGCAGCAGUUUAACAAAUCCAGUUAUCAAAAGGCAACCACCUGGAAUUAUGGGCCGAGAAGAAACAAGAAUAGUUUCUCAAUCCUCACCCGAAGACCUAGUUCUUUUUUACAAAGAUCCUCAGGGUGCAAUUCAAGGUCCUUUUACUGGCAGUGAUAUCAUAGGGUGGUUUGAAGCUGGAUACUUUGGGAUAGAUCUUCUAGUACGUCUUGCAAAUGCACCACAAGACUCGCCAUUUGCAUUACUUGGUGAUGUCAUGCCUCACCUGCGUGCAAAAGUCAGACCGCCACCUGGAUUUAGUGCUGCCAAACAAAGUGAAAUCAAUGAUGAAUCCAGUAAGGUUCAAGCAGGGUUGGGUGAGCAUGCUAUGUUGAAAAAUGACCCAGUAUUUCACCAUGGCUCAAGUAAAGAGGCUGAGAAUAGGUUUAUAGAGUCUCUCAUGAGUGGUGGUCUCUCUGAAGGUAUGCAUGGGUACUUUGGGAACUCUAGUUCAGUUCCAGCCAGAGGAACAGAGAGUGGGGAUAACCUGUUUCAGUUGGCGAAGAUGAUGCAGCUUGAACGGCAAAAAUCUUCGUCUAAUCCUUACUCUCUUUGGUCUGGGAGCGGUCUUAAACCUGAUGUGCUUCAGGACCCCGCAAUUCCACAAUCAAACAUGAUACCAAACCCUUCAAAUCCUGAAUUCAUGUCCAUUCUUCAAGGCUUGUCAGAUAGGUCAACCCCCACCGUGAACAAUUGGUCAAACUUCCCUGUUCAAGGUGGACCUGGGUUGGAUCCACUUCAGGAUAAACAUUUCCCUCUUCAGUCAGCCUUUGGAGUCCCCCAAAGGCCGCAAACACAAAAUAUGCCCUCACUAUCAAGUUUACAAUUUGACAAUCCUUCUGGUCCACUAACUCUGGAAAAGCUUCUUUCAUCUGGGCUCCCUCAAGAUCAAAUAAUAAGUCUAUUGCAACAGCAACAAAUGUCACAGUUGAAACCUCAGAUUCCCAUACCUGCACAACACCCGUUGGUAUUGGAUGAUUAUUUGUUGCUUAAGCAGCAGCAACAAAAGCAGGAACAGAUGCAGCAGAUGAUGCGCCAGCAACUUCUUUCACAGGUGCUUAAGGACCAACAUUCCAUGCAACGGUUUGGUGAGCAGUCUUGUGGACCGAUGCUGACCCCCGGGCUAUCUGUUCCCAAUCCUUCACUACAUGACAUGUUGCAAAAUCAAGUUCCUCAUAUGCAGGAUACAGUUGCUCGUAUGCCUGCAGUUGCUCCUCAAGCUGCUGUGCAUUUACCCCAUCAGUUGAUGGAAAAUACAAUGCAACAAAAUGAAGGUCGGGAACAGGAGCAAGAAAUGGCAGUUGAUUUGAAAACAGGUCAAAAUGUUACGAUACCUACCUCCAAUGCUAGUUUCGUUUCUGAUCCUGCAGACAAUUAUGAAAAACCUGUGGUUGUGGAAGAAGCUGUUGAACAUGACGAUAUUUUGGAGGAGCCGCCAACUGAUGUCAUUGAGCCAUCAACUGUUCAGAGUGAACAGUCUAAUGAACUCCAUAGUCUGGAAGAAGCAAAACCUGUUGAGGUUAAGAAAGCUAAUGACAAGAAGUCAAAGAAACAUAAGGCAAAAGCACAAUCGUCUGACAUGGCCAAGUCAGCAUCUAAAACACAGCUGCCUAAGCAUUCUGAAACUGAAUUGACCGAGGUCAAUGAAGCUGAAGCUGGAGAGACCAAAUCUAGUGUGGUUACUGAAGAGGAUGCAAGCAAGCCUAAUGAUGUUAACCCACAAGAUAACGAUAACGUACAAGUUCAUAGUAGCCAACGAGCUUGGAAGCCUGCUCCUGGGUUUAAGCCAAAGUCAUUAUUAGAAAUUCAGCAGGAAGAGCAGCGGAGGGCCCAGGCCCAAGCCCAAGCCAAAGCCUCUUCAGAGAUGACUGUAUCUGAUAUUUCGACAUCUCUAAAGUCAAUGAACAUGUCUACCACCCCUUGGGCUGGUGUUGUUGGCCAUUCAGACCACAAGCCUAUGGAAGCCAAGAAAGAUUUGACCACGACCACUUCUGAGGUUUCCCACAAUCAGAAGCAGAACAAGGGCCAGUUGCAUGAACAUCUGGCUGGAGAAGUACCGGUGAAAUCCAGUGAAAAGAAUUCUGCAACCUCUGAUCUGAUAGAAGAAGGUAACUUUAUUGAAACUAAAGAGUCAAAAAGGAGUCGCAAAAAGUCUGCAAAAGCCAAGGCUGCAGGAGCUAAGGUUUCUGUGGCUGCUGCUCCUGUUGAAAUACCUGUGAGCUCCAGUCCAAACGAGAAAAGCAAAAGUUCACGUCAGGAGAAGGUUACCGUUACAUUGCCAGCCAUUCCUUCUGGUCCUUCACUUGGAGAUUUUGUUGUUUGGAAAGGGGAGACUGUCCCCUCAUCACCUGCUCCAGCGUGGUCUACCGAUUCAGGUAAGACCGCAAAACACACCUCUUUGAGGGACAUUCUCAAGGAACAAGAGAAAAAAGUUUCUUCGCAAAUACCCGUUCCUACACCAAUACAAAAACCUCAAACUCCUGCCAAGGCUGCAGCAUCUCCUAUCAAGACGAUGUCACAAUCCAAAAGCAAAAUUGACGAUGAUUUGUUUUGGGGUCCAUUGGAUCACCCCAAGCAAGAAACAAAAGGGUCUGAUUUUCCGCAACUUGCAAGUCAAGGAAGUUGGGCUAAGAACACUAACACUCCUGGAAAAGGAAUAUCUAUAAACCGCCAAAAGUCUGUGGGUGGCAGACAGGAAACUUCUCUUUCUUCUUCUCCCGCGUUAAAGGGGAAACAAGAUGUGUUGGCUAAGCGUUCUGAGGCUAUGGAUUUCAGAGACUGGUGCAAGAAUGAAUGUGUCAGACUUCUUGGAACCAAAGAUACAAGUUUUCUGGAGUUCUGUUUGAAGCAAUCUAGAUCAGAAGCAGAGAUAUUGCUCAAGGAGAACCUUGGAUCUUAUGACCCUGAUCAUGAAUUCAUAGACAAGUUCCUCAAUUACAAAGAUUUCUUGCCUUCAGACGUCCUUGAGAUCGCCUUCCAAGGUGGGAAUGAUCAAAAGGUGAGUGGGGAUUUCAAAUCCGUCAGUGAUGGGUUUUGGGACUCGGAAAUUGGUGGUAGCGGUGGUAAAGCGGUGGUUGCAGAUGGUGGUUCCGCUAAGGGUGGAGGUAAGAAGAAGGGGAAGAAAGGAAAAAAGGUGAGUCCUGCGGUGUUGGGGUUUAAUGUGGUGAGCAACAGGAUUAUGAUGGGAGAGAUUGAGACGAUCGAUGACUAGGUGCGACAGGUGUUGGUUUGUUUUCUUAUUAUUGUAGUUGUAAAUAUUUUUGUCUCAAAAGAGAGCCGUCUGUCAUGUACAUGAUAAUUUUGGAGUUUAGGGUUUAAGAAGUGCUCCAUCAAUUUUGUGACCUGUUUAACUUAUUUCAACUGUAGAAGAGAUACCCCAAUAUGCCAGAUGCUUGUUAGGCUGGGAGUUUUAUGUAUUUCAAAAGCCAGAAAUUACAUCUUUUAUGAUCUUUUUUUA